UUUUAUGAUUUGAUUGAGAAUAUCGUGUUAGAAUAAGGUCAUUGAAUACAUAUUUUCAUCUUGUAGGUUCUGCAAACCGAAAAUUGGGCUCUCACACAACCUCUCACCCAAGCUUUUGCAACCUGACUAAAUUUCUUUUUUGGUCUCACUCACUUACAUACACUGCUUACAGGCACCCCGGAUACAAAGCUCAACCUCAAAAUGUACCAACUCACGGCCGUGGACGGCUACAAAUACCCCAAACCAGACACUUAUGUUCUGGAAAUUCUCCCCAUAGCUGCCGGCCUCGCAGCCAUUGCUUCAGACCAAACCCUCAGUCUCUUCGACCCCACAAGACUCAACGCCGGCCCUCUCAAGCAAAUCACAACCGAUCAUGGGAACCUCACCUGUGCCAAAGUAUACGAUCCCGCCGAGUCGAUAGUCUGCACCGCAGGUGAGAAUGGCACCGUCUCCAUCUGGGAUUUCAGGACAAACCCCAUCAAACCCGCCAUGCAAAUACGAGGCAACACCGACCCCAUCCCCAUCCUCUCCCUAGCCUGUUCCAACCCCACCCACACCCUCGCCGCCGGCACCGAACUAGCCAACCACCAAGCCUCCAUCCUCCUCUGGGACCUCCGCUCUUCUCCGUCCUCCCCCAAGAUCACCUACACCGAAAUCCACUCCGACGACAUAACCGAACUCACCUUCCACCCAACAACCCCCAACCUCCUCCUCUCCGGCUCGACCGACGGCCUCCUCUCGAUAAGCGACACCCUCAUCACCGACGAAGACGACCUCGUCAUCACAACCUUCAACCACGGCUCCGUCCACCACGCCGGCUUCCUCAAUCAGUCCUCUGAAAUCUACGCCGCCUCCCACGACGAAAAGUUCGCCAUCUACGACAUGUCGGACGGCACCAUUGAAAAGGGGGCGGCAGUCUUGGAUAUGGGGGAUAUACGAGAGGCGGUGGGGUGUCAGUAUCUGGCGAAUGUGGUCCCGAAACUUGGGGGUAAUAAUGGGGCGGUUGUUGGGGUGGGGGCGCAGGAUCAAGAACUGUUUCAACUCGUUCAUCUCGCCAAGGGAGGGAACGGGCAGUGGGGGUUGGAUAGGGAGAGCGUGGUUGCUCUGCCGGGGGCGCACGGGCAGGAGUUGGUGAGGAGUUUUGUUUUUUAUGACGAGCAGCAGUUGGUUAUCACGGGGGGUGAGGAUGGGGCAAUUCGGUCUUGGAGGCCGACGUAGACAUGAUGAAAUAGUUCACAGAUAAUACGAAGAGUUACAGCAACUAGGGAUUGGAAAGUGGUAAGAUGGUUUGGAAGCGACGAUUUGUAUUAUUCGACUCUCACUCUCUCUCUCUUUCUCUCUCUGCUAAAGAGCCGAGAAAUUAAAGGCUAGGCCUGGCGAUAGGCUGCUCAACUGAGGACGACGACGACGAAGAAGAAGAAGCUACCGAUCUAAAACCCCGAAGGAAAAACACAACCAUUUUCAAUCAGAUCAUAUCCCUUAUUAAAUGUGUUUUGUGUAUUCGCAGCCCCGCCUGAGCUAUUAAACGCCGUGACACCCCCUUCCUUUCCCUAUGCCAAAUGACCCAAACCAGCCAUAAAGACAUUCACACUUUCUCUUCAAAGCCAAGGUUUCAUCACUCACUGCAGAUUCUCAAUAACCAAAGCCGAAGCACCGCCACCACCGUUGCAGAUACCAGCAACACCAAUCUUGCCCUUCUUCUCCCUCAGGACUGAGGUGAGAGUGGUGACAAUACGAGCACCAGAAGCGCCCAAAGGAUGGCCGAUAGCGACGGAGCCACCAAAGACAUUGACCUUUUCGGCGUCAAGACCAAGAAGCUGGAUGUUGGCGAGGGCAACAACGGAGAAAGCCUCGUUGAUCUCAUAGUAGUCGACAUCAUCAGCAGUAAUGCCAGCAUGCUUGAUAGCCUUGGGGAUAGCAAGCGCAGGGGCAAUGGUGAAGCGGGCAGGGUCGCGAGCGGCAUCGCCCCAACCAAGGAUCUUGGCAAGGGGCUUGAUGCCGAGCUCCUUGAGCUUGCGCUCAGAGACAAGCACAACAGCGGCGGCGCCGUCGUUGAUGGGAGCAGCGUUGGCGGCGGUGACAGUGCCGCCGUUGGGAAUAAAGACCGGACGAACAGUCUUGAGCUUCUCAAUGUUGAGGUUCUUGACCUCCUCGUCACGGUCAAUCUUGAUGGCGGGCUUGCCACGGCCGCCGGGGACCUCGAUGGGGGCGAUCUCGGUGAAGAGACCGGCCUCGGUGGCGGCCUGGGCCUUUUGGUACGUCUUGAUGGCGUACUCGUCCUGGGCCUCGCGGGAGAGGUUGUGUUCCUGGCUGCAGAGCUCGCCCUGCAUGCCCAUGAGCUCCUGCUUGCCGUAGGCGUCGCGGAGGCCGUCCUUUUGUACGCCGUCGACGAGGCCGGCGUCGCCGUACUUGGUGCCGGUGCGUAGGUUGGGGAGGUAGUGGGGGGUGUUGGACAUGGACUCGGUGCCGCCGGCGACGACGAUGUCGGCGUUGCCGGUGAUGAUGGUCUGGGCACCGAGAAUGAUGGCCUUCAGUCCGGAGGCGCAGACCUUGUUGAUGGUUGUGCAGGGGACGGAUUCGGAGAGGCCACCGCCGAUGGCGCACUGGCGGGCUGGGGCUUGGCCGAGGCUGGUUGGGAGGACAUUGUCAGUUUUCUGUUGUUUUUGAAGGGUUAAGCAAUGACCUACUUGGCAGAGAGGACAUUGCCAAAGAAGACCUCCUCCACAUCCUCAGGCUUGAUCUCGGGCACACGCUCAACCGCAGCUGUUGUUUACCCCCGGAUUAGCGAACUGGACCUUGCUCGUUGUGCAUGCAUGACAUUGCGGUGGUCUGACGUCUACAUACACUUGAUGGCAUGGGAACCAAGCUGAAUAGCAGUGAGGCUCGAGAGAGAGCUAAAGCAAGGAACGAAAAGGUUAGCUCUCCAUCGUCUGAACGAGUCGUUGAACCUGCGGGGACUCUGUUGGGCAGAUGUUUGUUUCUCCCCCCCCCCGUCCCCG